AUGUCCAUUAUCUCAGAGAUGUCCUUCCUGUUCAGUAAAGAGGGGAACCCCAACAAGCGUAAUGUGCACAACGAGACGUGCCUCCACGUGCUGUGCCAAGGCCCACAGAUCCUGCUGCUGUCAGAGGGAGCGCUGUCACCGCGACUGGCCCGACCCCAGAGGGACGAGCAGCGUCGUGCAGACAGCCUGCAGAUGAUCCUGAGCUGGACCGGGGCCAGGCUGGAGGGAGGCCAGUACGAGAAGGCCAAUGUCAACGCCACCGACAAUCACCACAGCACCUGUCUGCACUAUGCUGCCGCUGCGGGCAUGAAGAGCUGUGUGGAGCUGCUAAUCCAGAGCGAGGCGGACCUUUUUGUGGAGGAUGAGGACAAGUUGACGCCUUGUGACCACGCCGAGCGGCAUCACCACACCGAGCUGGCCCUCAGCCUGGAGUCACAGAUGGUUUUCUCCUCCUCUUCAGCUCAGCAGUCAAACACAGACGCACAUGGUGACACCAACCUGCUGCAAUACAAGGAGCCUUAUGAGGGACUGAAGCUUCAGGACCUGCGCAGGCUGAAGGACAUGCUGAUUGUAGAGACUGCAGACAUGCUGCAAGCCCCCCUCUUCACUGCUGAGGCCCUGCUCCGAGCACAUGACUGGGACAGAGAAAAGCUUCUUGAAGCCUGGAUGUCAGACGCUGAGGGCUGCUGCCAGCGCUCAGGCGUGACCAUGCCCACCCCACCACCCAGCGGAUACAAUGCCUGGGACACCCUACCCUCACCCCGCACCCCCAGGACCCCACGCUCUCCCCUCACACUCACCCUCACCUCCCCGACCGACAGCUGCCUCACACCUGGAGAGGAGGGUUUGUCUAUGUGUGGAAUCUGUCUCUGCUCUAUCUCGGUGUUUGAGGAUCCAGUGGACAUGUCUUGUGGACACGAGUUCUGCAGAGCAUGCUGGGAAGGGUUCCUCAAUGUAAAGAUUCAGGAGGGGGACGCACACAAUAUCUUCUGCCCUGCCUACGAGUGCUACCAGUUGGUGCCGGUGCACGUGAUCGAGAGUGUGGUUUCCAGAGAGAUGGACCAGCGAUAUCUACAGUUUGACAUAAAGGCAUUUGUGGAGAACAAUCCUGCUAUCCGCUGGUGUCCUGCAGCACGCUGUGAGCGGGCGGUGCGGCUCACCCGCCCAGGCCCCGGGGACAGUGACCCACAGAGUUUCCCCCUGCUGCCCUCCCCAGCUGUCGAUUGCGGCAAGGGUCACCUCUUCUGCUGGGAGUGCCUUGGCGAGGCCCAUGAGCCAUGUGACUGUCAGAUGUGGAGGAACUGGCUCCAGAAAGUCACAGAAAUGAAACCUGAGGAGUUGGCAGGUGUGAGUGAGGCCUAUGAGGAUGCUGCUAACUGCCUGUGGCUGUUGACCAACUCCAAACCGUGUGCCAACUGCAAGUCACCCAUUCAGAAAAAUGAGGGCUGCAACCAUAUGCAGUGUGCCAAGUGUAAGUAUGACUUCUGUUGGAUCUGUCUGGAGGAGUGGAAGAAGCACAGCUCGUCCACAGGAGGCUACUAUCGCUGUACUCGCUACGAGGUCAUCCAACAGCUAGAGGAGCAGUCCAAGGAGAUGACUGUAGAGGCAGAGAAGAAGCACAAAAGUUUUCAGGAGCUGGACCGUUUCAUGCACUAUUAUACUCGCUUCAAGAACCACGAACACAGUUACAAGUUGGAGCAGAAACUGCUGAAAACAGCGAAAGAGAAGAUGGAGCAGCUGAGCAGAGCUUUCAUUUGUCGUGAAGGCACUCCUCCAGACACACGGUUCAUUGAGGAUGGUGUGUGUGAGCUGCUGAAGACGCGACGCGUCCUGAAGUGCUCUUACCCUUAUGGCUUCUUCCUACAGCAAGGCAGCACCCAGAAAGAGAUAUUUGAGCUCAUGCAGACGGACCUGGAGAUGGUUGUGGAGGAUCUGGCCCAGAAGGUCAACCGACCGUACCUGAGGACGCCCUGCCACAAGAUAAUCAGCGCGGCCCGUCUGGUGCAGCAAAAGAGGCAAGAAUUCCUGGCAUCAGUUGCCCGUGGCGUCGCUCCGAAUGAUUCUCCUGAGCCUCCACGCAGGAAUUACCCUGGAGGAUCAUGGGACUGGGAGUACCUUGGCUUUGCCUCCCCAGAGAUGGGGAGUCGUCACUCUGUACUGGGAGCAGGAGAACGAGAGAGACAGUCACAGGAUUAUGCUGACAUCCAGUACCGUCGCAGACACAGGCCACGGCGCAGAGGAGACAUGCUGAGUCUGCACAACCUUAGAAGCAGCAGCAACACACCAGAGACCAGCAGGAGGAGUGAGAACACAGAAGCUCUGGAGAGAAGUGAGGGCCGCAGGAGAGUGCUGGGCUCUCUGGAUGAAGAUGACCCUAACAUCCUGCUGGCCAUCCAGCUGUCCCUUCAGGAGUCCCGCAGAGAGCGAGGCCUGGAGGGAGGGAUGGAGAGAGGGAUGGAAGGGAGAGUGGAGCUGGAGCGUGGACUGGAUCGAGGACAGGAGAGGAGGCCGGCUCCCACGGGAGACCUGGGUGAUGUCGCUUUGCACUCUCUCAACGCGGACGCUCCUCCGGGAGCCAGAGGCUCCUCCUUCCCCACUUCUCUCCUGGAUCCUCCUCGCCCCCCUAACAGAACAGACUCCACCUGCCAGCCGCCCACGUCUAACCCCCUCCCCCUUCCUCCUCCGCCUCCCUCCCUCAGUGCAGAGCUGCUGGAGCUGGGAGACAGCCUUAUGAAACUGGGGAACAUAACCACUCCUUAUGACCUGGACACACACACACAAGAGCAGCUCUGUUCACACCACACAUACAACCACAGUACACUCACUGCUCCCUACACCACUGACCCUGCUUACAGCGACUGCAGCCAUAGACAAGACCAGAAUGCACUGACCGCUCCGUAUGUGCUCGAGCAUAUCACCAUCACAGAGCCUCGCUAUGACAGCAAAGAGCAGAGUUACUGCCACUCCGGUGGCUAUUUGGCUGAGGCUGAACACGCUGCCUCCUGCGCACUUGAACGCACCCAAAUCCCGUUGCAUCCCAGUUCGUAUAACCGGGAACACGCAGCCACGUACGACAGCACCCCAAAACCAGACAGCUCUUACAACCCCUGCCCAGAACACAGUAGCUCCUACACUCAGGAGCGUCCUGCCGCCUACGCUCUCCAACGACCACCAAAAUCAGACCCCCAGCCCCCUGCCCAGUUGUGCCUCCCGUCUCCAGAGCUCGAGCCGGAGCUGCCGCUGUCACCGGUGAUCCCCCCGGGGGGCCCUUUCACCCCCAGCGACCCUCAGAGUCUGGAGCCCCUGGACCCCACAGCCAGUGCCCAGCUGCUGGACAACAUCAUGGCCUGGUUUAACAACAACAUCAACCCCCAGAACAACCCCCAGAGCCUGGCCCUCAUCCCCUCCCCGCCCACCACAGAAACUGACUCUUCCCCCGACACACACACUGAGACUGAGUCAGAGAGCCAGACCUCCAGAGACGUGACCCCCGCCCCGAUCUGGCAGCCCCUGGAGGGCGAGCCAGAAGCGGACAGAGGGUCGGCGAGCCCCCGUCUAGGUGCUGCGGGCGCAGAGGGCCCGAAGACAUCCAGGCCCAGCACUCUGGAUCUUGAAAACAGAGAGACUCCUGAGGAGGGUGUGGACGCAGGGUGUGUGGCUGACCUGUCGCUGGACGAAGCGCACACACACCCGCGCUCACACCCCCAACGCGAAAACAGUCCUGCACACACUGCCCCGGCCACAGAGAGAGACUUAGACCUCAUGCUUCAGCUAGAGGGGGACCAAUCACCUGAGGAGUGGGAGGAACAAGUACACCUGGUGUGACAGACCGACGUGGAGAGAGAAGGUCGAGAAGGCCAAGUACAGAAAGACGGAAAGAGAUUAAAGUGAAAGAGGAAAAGACUGAGAAACUAGAGAGAAGCACUGAUAUAAGAUAGACGAAUAUAAGAUGAAACGGUGAUUCCUCAAUGAAAGAUGUAGGUCUUUGGGAGUUGAGUGUUUACUGUGUGUAUUAUACUGUAUCUAGAGAGGACAUAAGGCCCUGCGGACUUUGUCCAGUAAAGAUGAUGUCAUACGCAAUUUGAUUUUUUUUAAUUAGAUUUUUUUUAAGUGCUUUUGUCUGUUUUAAAAACAGACAAACUCUUCUUUGAAACAAAUAAGUGUUUAAAACCGAAUACAUCAAUGGAAAGCUACUGAUAUCAUAACACACAAAAUGCUGCACUUUUUUUGUUUUCUUAUUUUAUUUAUUUCCUGCUUCCUGUAUUUGUCUUCUCAGUUUGUCCAGGGUGAAGUUUUUGGUGCUGAUCUCGCUGAAAUCCAGACUUGCCUCAUAUGUCCACACUUUAUUAACACACUGACCCAACCACAAGCCUGUUCAGAGCUCCUAGAGCCAAAUGUGAUAUGAUAACUGUAACCUUGGAGCUUGUUUAGCGUACUGUACAAUCAGAGGGCCUAAUUCUGAUUUUUGGACCUUCAUGCACACUGUGCCUGCUUCGUUAGAGAGCCAACACACUACUGAUCUUUCCUUUUGGUAGGCUGCAAAGAACAACGAUACACCUGUCUGCUCAGUAAAUGUCACACUAGUACAACAUGCUUAUCUGUCUUUUGUAUUAGUCCAGUGAUCACUGGAGGGAAAUGGUUGUGUCCCUAUGCACAGGGAGGUCAGAGGUCAGAGGUCAGGCUCAGCUAUAGAGCAGUCAGUAGGAACUCGGUAUCAUGGGUGCUGGUUGUUUUCCUGCUCACUGUACCGCCUGCUACCCAUUCCAAAUAAUACUGUCUUUAUCAGGGAUGAGCUGUCAUCCAUAAUGCUGUAUUUUACAAUGGCUUUGACUCAGUUUUCACAGCAUUUCAAUGUGCUAAAGUCUUAACACAAAAUGUUACACUAACCAUUUUACCACAAAAUUACAUCUUUUUAACACCAGAGCAUCACAGUAUUGUGUUUGUCGCUCACCUGUUGUCAUUAUAUUUUAAAAUAAAACGGUUCAUAGCAAAUAUCGUCAAACAAAAGGUUUUCAAUGGUAAUUUCGUUAAUAUUAUACAAAAAGGAAUAAAAAAAAUAAUAUGUGCAAUAGUCAUCUUUGAUUUGAACAUGAUGUAUUUAUUUAAUAUAAUAUCAGUAAUAAUCUUUAUUUAUACAACUUUUAAAAAGCAAAAUCAACAAAUGAUAAAAUUAUAGUUUUAUACUGUAACAGAUAACACUAGAUCUAAUUAUGUACAAUAUGCUGCGUUACUGUAAAUACAAAUAAAGAAGUCUUGAGUCUUUACACCACAGUAAAUCUCUCAUUCUUAUAAGUCAAAAUAAUGAUGGUGAUUUCACUGCAUCACUUUACUUUCUCACCAAAAACCACAAUUUACACAACUGUAACAGACACUCAGUACAUUGAAGAUUGAGAUUUAAAAAGUAAGUAUCUAAAUGAGGAGAGCAUGUGAUUUUCCCACCUUGUAUGUGAGGACAGCAUUGCAGCGUUGUGAAAACUGAGCCGCAGAAAUCAGACGAUACUGUAAAUGCAAACACUCAAAAUGAAUUUGUUUUAUCAUAUCUAUUCCUCUACUGAUGGCUAAUACAGUGUGCUGUUGAUGCGUGGGAGAUACGUUGGGUUUUUAUCUUGAAUUUAUCCUUUUUUAAUUCCUUAUUGUAGAGAUGACAUUUCUGUUGAGACCAGAGUUGUUGGGUCUGUGUGCCUUUUUUGUUUCAAUCGUAUUUGUUUAUUUGUUGGUAUUUAUUAGUGUCAUUGCUUUUUAAACAUGCUAAACAAAGUUGCUAAUGAAAGAUAAUGGAGAACACUGUACACUGAGGCUCUUGAUGCACAUUAGUAUCAUUUCAGCUUACACCCCAGGUCUUUCUUACUUCACUGUAUCCCUAGAGAGGCAGGGCCCAAGUUUCAGCCAUUUUACUUCUUAAAAAAACUGCUUUUGAAGCUACGGUUUUCAUUCAUUCUUUAUCUUCAAACUUUAUUGUCCAACUGUAAUGUUUACAAGAGGUUUAAACACUGCCUGGUGUGUUUAGAUACGAUUUGGUGCUUUGGAGACAGAAAUUUUAAAUUUUUAAUCAUACGUUUCACGGUGGGCCAAACAAAUGUAAAGAUAUCCUGUCUGAGAGCAAAUUCUGAUUCUGUUGAAAUGUCUCCCUCUACUUUACAAAAGCAGCCAGUUUAACAGAAUGUGAUAUGCAAUCAAAAAUGCAUUACUUAUAAUUGAUGGUUUGAGUUUGAAGCUUGUUUUAAAGUGUGAGGUCUGGAGUGCUCCACUGAAGUGAUCUUGCCUUUAAAAAAAAAGAACAACCUUUCCCUCUCCAUGUUGAACAUUAAACUGUGACGGUGCUGGAAGGUUUGUAGGUGCUGAUGAAGACGUUUCAUAAAACUUAGUGAGGUGUGAGGAAAGCUGGUGAGGCCCGUAACGUGUCGGACAUUGUUUCCUGAGGAAUGGCUUGUUGAACAGAACAGUACACAUUUAUUUUAGGUUGCAACACAAUGGAAGCACUGAGUCUGGGGUCAUUUAAUUUGCACAAGCAUGCUGUUAAUGUGUUCAAUUAAUUCAGUGCUGUCAGGAAGGAUGUGGAGGACUGAUGAGUGCGGCUUUUGUUAUUAUUAUUAUUAUUAAUUAUUAUUUUAUUUUUUGUUUUCUUGAUUUAGAAUUGGAUUUAUGGUGUCAAGAGAAUGGUCCUGUGCCAUUUUGUACUCCAUAUAUAAUGUUUAUAUAUUAACAAUCCCUCAGCCAACCACUUCAGAUUUAAAAAAAAAAAAAAAAAAA